CGGCACAGACUCGGCAGGGGGCUUGCACGGCACGGCCACACACACACAGUGUGAAUUCUCCGUGUGACAGCUUCUCUCGCUCUCUCUCUGUGUGUCUUCUACUCCGUGGCCCUGGCUGCCGCUGCUGCUGUUGUCGGUAUCCGGACAGUCGCGCCGGUGGAAGAUUGCAGCGCACACUCGGAGUGAAAAUCUUCGGUUUGAGGCUGACGGCAAGUGCAGGAUCCUGCCGACCUCUCCGGACGCACGCGAUGGAUGCACGCGGCACGCACGGGAUGCUGCGCACGUGCCUGGCGCUGUGCGUGUGUGCGUGCGCGUGCACGCACGCCCUCUCCACGUGCUCCGCGGCGCUGGAUGCCCCCGAGAUGGCGCGGCGGCGCCUCGAGGCCGUCCGGGGCCAGAUCCUGAGCAAGCUGGGCCUGAGCGAGCCCCCGCAGCUGCCGCGGGCACACGAGGGCGACCUCAAGCCCAGCGCUCAGGCAAUGGCGCUGUACAACGCCACGCUCGAGUGGACCGCGGAACUCAAGCGACGGCACGAGAGGCAGCAGCAGCAGCAGCAUCAUCAGCACGGCGGGGCUUGGGACCCCUCGUCGCCGUCGCUCGACGACGACUACUACGCCCGCGAGAUGCGCCGCCUCGACUGCACCGUGUCCCACGUCGAUGCUAAGAGCGAGCAGGGCACCAUCUUCAAGCUGCUGCGCUUCGACACGCGCUCGCUGCUGGCGGACGGAGCGCGCCUCGUGCGCGCCGAGCUGCGCGUGCACCGCGAGGCGAACCUGGCGGCCAGGAGCCAGGAGCAGCGCGUGGAGCUCUUCCAGGCCGUGGCGGAGGCCCCAGGCGCGCCGGGACGCUACAUCGCGAGCCGCAACAUGCGUCCCCGCGACCCUCCCGAGUGGGUCUCCUUCGACGUCACCUCCGCGCUGCGAGAGCGGCUGGGCGCUGCCGACGGAGCCGCGCCGUUUGCGCUGAAGCUGAGCGUGCACUGCCCCUGCACCACGUUCGACGUCGCCUCGCGACGCAUCCUCAACCGCACCGAGGUCCUCGAGGCCGUGUUCUCAGACGGGCAGUCGGAGGAGAACGAGCGCUGGGACAUGGGCCCCGUGGUGGGCGCGGCGCAGAAGAGGUUCACUCCGCACCUGCUGCUCUGGCUCGACCCGCCGGGGCGCAGCGACGAGGGCGGAGACGCCACGGCGCAGGGCAGUGGGGGCACGAGGAGGAGGAGAGCCCUCGAUGAGAACUACUGCUUCAGCAACAAGGAGCGCAACUGCUGCCUGCGUCAGCUCUACGUGGACUUCCGGCGCGACCUCAAGUGGAAGUGGAUCCACGAGCCCAAGGGGUACUACGCCAACUACUGCGCUGGGCCCUGCCCCUACCUGUGGAGCUCUGACACCCAGCACAGCACGGUGCUGGGCCUGUACAACACCAUGAACCCGGCGGCAUCGGCCAGCCCCUGCUGCGUGCCCGACGAGCUGGAGUCCCUCACGAUCCUCUACUACAAGGGACGCAACCAGACGGUCACGCACCUAUCCAACAUGCUCGUCAAGUCCUGCAAGUGCCGCUAGCCCGAGGCACCGACACGACCGCCGCCAGCCACCCGCCAACGCCAGCACCCGUUUAGUGCCGCCACCGUCGCUUGCCGCGUAACUGGCUGCUGGUGCGACUGCUGGCGGGCAGCCGGCGCUGGAUGCUGGCGAAAGAGCAACAACGAUUGCCCUGGGGGAGAGAGUCACCCGUUGCACUGUUUUAUUUUUAGAUAUUGAAUUCUGACGUCUGGCGGAGAGACUCGGCUUGCCGGACAGCGGCUGACGGGCCGCUGUCUGUUGGUGGCUGGAUGCUUACGUGCCGGAGAGCGGCCGAUGGGAAGUGGCGAGCGUUUGGUCAUUUGACGUUGGUCAGUGGGCUCGUGAAAACGCUCGCGAUCGCUGAAUGGAUACUUGGGGCGGAGCGGUGGCGCAUUGGUUGACACACCGUGCUGUUAACCCGGCGACCCGAGUUAGAUUACCGGAACACAUCAGUAGCAAGUGACAUCUGAACCCCCCCCCCCCCGCCCUGUCCCCACCAGUCUUCACCAACCUGCGGUGACCGGCGUGGUAAGGUAUGGUCAAACAACCCCAGUGGCCGGCACGGUGCGGGGGAGGCCUUUGCCCAGCAUCUGGUAACGGAUCGAUAAGGGACUGUGAAUUGUUUCAAUUGUAUUAUUAUAAACUAGGCACGCAGUGACCGGGUUAGCCACGACAACACGCUGGACAAUGGCCGAUGAACAAUUGUGUUGAGCGGCAGCUACACGGUGGCCAGCCAUUGCUAGACAUCGUCAGUCCGACACACCCACCGCCUUACAGGUGCGAUGCGGCCGCGUGGUCCUGCAAAAGCGGCCAGCGUCACGUCCUCCUCCUCCUCCACAGCGAUCGAUCACAGGACUCCCCCGAAGUGCUCGAGGCUUGAGCCCAUAGAACGUGCUUGCCGGCGGUCGCCAAGCAGUGACGGAUCGCUGCUCGCGACGGAUUCCACCACUCUGCGCAGUCGUGAAGUCUGAGCAAUAGGGCGAUGCCUACUCUGCACAAGACAAGAAGGCUUGGUGUGGCACGCGGAGGUGUCGUGCUGUGGCCUGCUGUGGCCUGGCCGAGGCCUGCGAGGGCCUCGGGAAAAUGGCUCGAAUGGGUGAGAGGGCAGGUAUAGGAGCGAGUGAAUGAGUGAGCGAGUAUUCGACUGAGCGAGCGAAGUGGGUGGCCGGGCAAGUGAAUGACCGAGUGAGUGAGCGCGUGAGUUUGCGAGCGUUAGAGGGCAUUUCAAGAGGCACAAGUCGCAGCGCGCAGUGGGAGAGCGCGCCCGCGGUGUCGAUUGCGUGACCUCGCCGUGUUCCUCGCACUCGAGGUGAGUCUGAAAGGAGGCACGAGAACACAGAGGGCCCCGCUGUUGCCGCGAAACGGCCACGAAAACCCAGCGGGGGGGGGGGGCGCUUGUGAACGACGGCGGUGAAACCGCAAGCGGGGACGAAGCCCGCAAAACCCGGCGGCGUUUGAUGUGGAGUAACCGACCGUCGCUCGGCUUCAGAGGCAUUGCGAAGAGGACCGCCCGUCCGCUCCGAGAGGGUCUUUGGUUGUUAAAUUGACAGCCGCCAAGUUUUUCACAGAGAUCUGUUCAAGUGGCUCCCGUAGUGCCGUCCUGGUUGUGCUGAACGCAGUAAAGAGGACGGUGAAAGGAACACCUCGUUAAUAAUUUUACUCAUUAUUUAUUCUGCAAGUUCAAUGAAAACCACAAAGAUCUCAUUGCACGUUCGUAUCAUGUAAAAUUUUAUAGGGGGGGAGAGGGGAUAUUACUGUGUGCAAAUAAAGUUAUUUUGGGAAUCUAAAGUUAGGGUAAAAAAAGACGGUGAACAGGCCAGUUUUAAAAUUCAAAUUCGCUGUUUGUCUGCAAGAAGAAGUCGGUGGCAGCGUUGCUGGUUGACCGAGUCACCAGUUUUGAAUUAUUAUUACGACACAACAGACCUCUCCGCUUAUUUUAUUCAUUAGCAGAUAUUUUCUAAAAAAAAAACAUUUUACGGAAAGCUAGCUCCUCAAAGUUGCGACUGAAACAGUGGUCUCGUUCAGCUGUCCCGUCGCUGUGUUUAUAAAAUAAUUAUUAUUUGUAUUUGCUGUUGUAUAGUUUUAUUGUUAUUGGUGCUUUGGCUGGGUUCUCACACUGUAAAUGCAAUGCAUCUUUGUUGACUUAAACCGAAAGUAUCUUGGGGUUGAUCCCCCCCCCUCUCUAAACGCCAAUCCUUGCACCAAAGUUUACAGUUGUAUAAAGUUACGCACAGUUAAGUAAUAAUAUCGAUUUUUUUUUUAUCUGUAAGUUACAGACGAGAAACAUGACUUCUAAUAUGAAUAGAAGAUGUUAGUAUUGUAAAAGUAAUUGAGUUCUUCUUCAGUCUUCUUGAUUGACAGAGGCAUUUGUGGCCUUGGGCAGAAUUUUACUUUUCAUGGCUCCUUUCAAACCUAGCGCUUAACGACUCCACGUGGUGGUUGGUCGUGAGUGGCUGACGGCUCCAUCCAGUUCGUGCCCACAGCACAGCGAUGCCACCGUGUGUGUCACUAAACAAACAUUUCUACCGCUGACAACCUUUCAAUGUCCCCAUCACAGCCGAGCUUUUGCACACGUCACACCCACCGAUAGUCUCACGUUGAGCGAAUCCGAGUUAUCGGUAGGCACAGAAACUCGGUACACGGUUGUGAAUGGUGAAAACUGGAGUUUUUGUAAACUGCAAACAUUACAGAGGGGAAUAUUUUCAAUGGAUCGUGACUCUGGGCUUUCGGGACCCACGGCUGCCGUGGCUUGAUAAUGACGAGCACACUGGACUUGCAAUCCAGAACGACCGGUUCGAUUCCAUCUCCUGGCGUGGUUCGCCGAUCGGUACGUCGCAUGCGGUGGAGUAAAGUGUAGGUACGCCCAUCUCUAUGUCGCUACAAAUGAAACGCGUUGUGUUGUCGUCAAGGGAUUUGUGUACUCAUCACCGAGUCAAAAUAACAUUACAUCUGCCGACGAA